CUUGCGUGUGCGCCUCACCCGUCUUUUGUUCCCUUUCCUUUGUGCUCUCCUCUCAUGGAUUCCGCGGGUUCAACAGAAAUACAAGCCCGCAUCCAAGAGUUCUUGAACUCAAAUCCUGCUGGUCUCAGUCGAGCUCUGAAGAUGGAUGAUGAUGAGGGCUUGUCCACACCUAUCUCCCCAGUGGAGGAGUCACCAGACAUUUCAGCGGACUCAGAAGAAGCUAUUCUUUCCAGACAGCGAGCUGCUUUAAGAACGUAUAUCGAUUCUGUGCCCUACGACUGCGAGUCACCAGAGGAGAUGGAGGAGAAACUUGCGAAUAUUGUUGACAUGAUCUAUAUCUCAGCAAAGUCUGACCAGCUGGAUCUAAUGCGUAGUUGGGAUGGGGUGCUUAGCACUUGGCUUCUUUUGAAGUAUCCCAUCGUAAAAGCCAAGCGGAUCAAGCUUCUUCAAUAUUAUUAUAAUCUCUGUGUUGUACCGGCCGACUCUCAUCUUGUAAAUGAAAGGGUCAAGAUGUUUGCUGCUUUGCUCCCGCACAAGCGCGAUUAUCUCGCAUCACUUGGUGUGAAGGAUCUUGUUCUUGACUGGCGACCUCUUUGGCGCGUAUUAAAGAAGGAACUUUGGCCCAUGAAGAGACUUAUGGAUCCUUCCCGCAACGUAGCAAAUAUCUAUCUUCAACUUGCAGAAAUGAGUAAGCGAUUCUUUCCAGGAAACGAAGUCAAGAACAUCUUGGGCACAAUUUUGCCACUACUCAGUCCUGACACUUUUCUCAGCAUUGUUCCAGUCCUAACGUCAUUCAUUCCUCAUUCCCGCCCGCAAGACUACUUGCCUGCUCUGUUCUCAAUCUGGGAAACAUUUAACUCUAACAUUGUAGAUGAGAGAAUGAUCGAGCUUAUGGCGGAGCUUGCGGAGGAACAUGUCUCUGGCUCAGCUGGACCACUCGGAGAGGAUGGAGCUACAGCUUGGAGCGAAGUUGGUAUUUGGAAUGAGCAGCAGUGGAUCUUCCUCGCUGGAAAAUGCCUCGGGUCUAUGAAUGUGCCGAUUGGAGGCGCAAAGGGAGCGAGUACGACGGCCGGUCAUGCGGAUAUGGCGGGAAUGAAAAAUAGUUUGCGAAUCAAGAAGCCGAUCAACAAGAAUCAUGCCUUGGCAAAAUUGAUUGUCUAUUCCAUUUCAGUUGAUGGACCCGUUAGAACUGACACGUCUCAAGCGUCUCACAAGCAGGGACAAGGUCAUUUAGGCUUCCUUGCUGGUUCAAAAGCCCUAGACUCUCUGGAAAGGAUUAUAACUAGUGCUGAAACGUAUUUUCACCCAUCUAAUUCUGGUCAUUGGACACUCAGUCUCUCGAGCUUCCUGCAACGCCUUGCAUCCGAGUUCUGUAAACGCUGGAAAGAAGAGGAGGAGCCGAAAUGCAAGACACCAGCUUCGCAGCGACUUACUCAUGCUACCCGGCAUUCGUUCGUCCUGCUCUUGAGGACACCCAUGCUUCUUGCUCUAUUCGCAAAAGAUCCUCUUUCAAUGGGGCUUGCACAGGGCGCGUUGAGAAGUUUGGCUUUGCUCGAGCCGGGGCUUGUGAUGCCGCAACUACUGGAACGCGCAUACAGUGGUUUGGAGGUCGUUAAUGAGACUCACCGUACUACCGCAGUACUAAGUAUGCUUUCUGGUGUUGCUCUUCCCCUUGUGUCAGAGCGGCUAUGGCGUGGAGGACAAAAACAUCUUAUUCCACUUCUUGAGCUUUGUCUUCCGGGCAUUGACCUCAACGACCCAUCUAAGACGAUCUGUGCCACGCUUUUCAUCUGCUCUGCUUUACAGCACGUUAGGGUUGGAGACCUCUCCAUACACGCCCAGUCUGCUGGUAUUAUUGUUUCUGACGAUGGCCCGUCUGAUGAGAUGUCAAUGGACGUUGAGGGGGAAUCUAGUCGCUUGCCCGAUGGGACCGAAGGCUUCUUCCCAGUACUUAGUAAGGAAGAAGAACGUACGCUCGCCAGAGACAGCACGGCUGGGUUCGCAGACUGGGUCACCUCGCUAUUUCGACGUGUCUUCGCACUUUAUGAGAACCUGCCUGAGGAAGGUGGAAGAAGGAAUACGACGGGUGGAAAGUCAGAGGAAAGCGUCUUAAGGUCGAUCAAGAACAUGCUAGACGUUGUCUGCCUGCAUCUAUCUGAUCCACUUUUUGAUCUUGUACUGAGAGUUGUUUAUGACUAUGCAACGACGAAUACGAAGUCAAACGCCGUGCGUGCGAUUGGGCAGCUCGUGGCUUGCCUUGCUCGAGCGAAACCACAGUUGACGACAGAUAAAUUUCUCCCCUUCUGCGUGCAGCAGAUCAAGGAGGAGUUGAAGCAUGGAGCUUCAAGUAUAAGGACGACUUCGUCACAUGCGGCUGUUCCUUCUGACACAACAUUACAUUGGAAUAUUUCCUUGCUGCGAGGGUGUCUUGGAUACGGUGGACCCGCCCUUCUCAAACACAAAGACAUUAUCUUGGACCUUUUGUCAGUCCUCAUCGACAAGACGAAAAGUGAACGAGGCUUCAGCGGAGCUGGUCGCCUCAUUCUACGCCUCCUUCAUACUCUUUCUGGAGUAUACCCCGUCAAUAGUCGUUUAGUAAAUACUGAUGAAUGGGAAUCGGAAGAAUUUAACAAGAACCAUAACCUUUAUUGGGGCCGAUUCUAUGAAGCUAAGGAGGUCAAGAUUGAAUGGCAUGUUCCGAGCAAUGAGGAAGUUGCAUUUGUGCUUCAAAUUCUUGAGCAGAUUGUUGAGCCCCUGCUUACUCGCAUUGAGGACCUGCUUGCGGAUACCAACAAUUGGGACACCGCCGCACGAAAUGAUUUCUGCAGGUAUCUGUAUGCAGUACGGUCAGUCUGGGCCGGUCUCCCUACGUUCAUUGAGGAGCCGUUACGCUCAGGAGAGCCGCUCCUACAAGAGGAAGAUGGUAAUACAGACAACUUGCGGGCGUUUGGACUGCCAGUAAGGGCAGGAUUUGUGCUAUCAAAUCCUGAGGACCCGAAAUAUCAGACCGCUACGAAGCAACGAGCUCGUUUUGGACGUGUGAUACAUCAGGCUGCAAUCGCGCUCCGUGGAAGUCACGGCGGAGAAGACCAUAUCGACGCUGUCAUCAGUGUUCUGAGGGCCCUCGAUACAUAUCUGCUUGAAUACGGAACAAGCAAGGCCAACUAUACUGCUCUGCAGAAAAACUAUGUUUUGGCACGCGACGUGAACCGAAUGUGGCCUCGUCAGAAAGAAAAUACACGUCUUGUUUUCCUCAAGAGGGCCCAGGUUUACCAUAAUGCACGGUUGGUAACUCACUCAAUCAACCGCUGUCGAACAGAAUUCGACACGCUCUUGUUCGAUGAUUUAAUCGAGUGUUCGCUUUCGCCUUAUACUCGAGUAAGAAGGCACGGACAAAGUGUUCUAUUCUCCGCAACAGACACCUACCCACUAAGUGUGCAAUUUGUGCUGCCAAGGAUGAUAGCAGCAUUAGCCCGAGGGACAGACCCAGAUACCAUGAAGGGAGCGUUGUAUGUCCUAUUGCAUAAGAAUUUCCGUCCUGUGAUUCGACAAAACUACACUAUUCUAAGCAACCUGGUGAUUGCCCUUCUCGAAUGCCAACAUCAGGAAAAGCCGUCCGUCCAGAAGCUCGUUUCGUCACUACAUAACGAUAUUGUACUCCAUUGCACUGUCGAAAAUGGUUUACGGAAUAUGGCCGCCUUUUUGGAAGGCUCCUGCUUCGCCCUCGCUCUCGGAGCUCUCCAGAUUGUCUUUCCUAACAGGCAACCUGAUGAACGAGUCUUACAAGCGGCAGUUUCUACUGCAGCCAGGAAAAAGGAGCAACUAGAAAAGGAAUUUGAGAAGCUGAUCAAGGAUGUAAUUGAUAUCUCCAGACGUCCAACAACGCAUUGGAGAUAUCUUCAGAUGGCCCUACAGUCACUCCCGCAGCGGAGAGAUAGACCGCCUAUACCAGACGCGGCUGAGACCCUUAUAAAAGCAACAACCGAAUCUCACCCACUCACCCGACUAAUUGCACAAAAGGGACUCGUUAAGCUUCUCGCCCUGAUCAAAAUUCGUUCAUAUGCUAAUAGCGACGAGGAGCUGUGGUUUGAGGAAUGGAGAAAUCCUUUACAGAGAGACAUUGCUGUUCAAGAUGAAAAGGCAAUAGUUCAGCUCCUUCAACAACCUUUUUCAAAUUCGAAGGGCAGCUCUUCUGAAUUGUGUAUAGAUAAAAUCACUUCCGGUUUUCUGAUCUGGGAGCCAGUGAUCAAGGCAUAUUCAAUGCCGGGUUCUUCGUCCGAUGUCUUACUUAUGUGGGAAAGCCAGUCACAGGCCGCGUUAGACAAAAUUGCGCCUAUUAUCCUGGAACCUGUUUACUUUUCUCGUUUGCUUUUGUUGUGGGCUCAGGAGGCGGAUGCGAAGGGCGCGAUGAAUACUGAUAUCGAUCUCCGUUCGGACAAUGUCCAAUUCAUGAAAUCAAUCGCGAAAACAUUUGGGCACAAGUGUCUCGACAAGAUCUUGCCAGUAAUUGAAGCAUUGUUAUUUGAUUCAAAUCGAUUCAGCCAGCGAGCUGCAGCAGAAGCCCUUAGCGGCCUGAUUCGAGGCUCCAAGAACUGGCCUGAAUCAAAUCGUAGGGCACUUUGGGAUUGGUUUAUGGAUCGCGUGGCAAACGUAUUCGGCCAAAUCAAACCCGACACAUCUGCCCUUUGGGAAGCCUUCUUCCAACAUAUUCUGAUAGGCAUGGACCCUCAACGGAACAAGCCCCUAGUUGAUUGGAUUUUGUCAUUGCCACUCGAAUUUCAUAGUGACUCAGCAUUCACUAUGAGUAAGUCUUUGGACCUCUUUUCAGCCCUAGCGAACGAGAUGGGCGUCCGGUUCGGCGGUAUAUCCGACCACUACAUCAAUCUGCUCUUCGACAACGCGGACACAAAUUAUGCUGAGAUUCGCAUGGGGAUCGCGCAAAAUAUGUAUCUCCUAAUGACAUGCGAAUGGUACCUAUCAUAUCCAUCUAUCGAUGCGUUUCUGCUGGCCUGCAGAGAAGAGCAGGACCCUCUGCGGAUCCGACAUGCGAAGUACGUCGGACGGAUUCACGACCUCAUUGAAAAGCUUUCGGUAUGGAAAACGGAGCGCCUUCCUCCUCCAAGAGUCACCCAAUCACAGUUUGACAAAGUCAGUUUAACUGCUUUGUCGUGGAUAUGGACCAUCGGGCACAGCUCUGAAGCAUGUACAAUGUUCCCAUAUGUCAUGCCUAUGCUGCCUGAAGUAUUGAAGAUGACCGAACUCAAUGAUAACCGCGAGUUAACGAUGUACAGCUCUGGUGUCUUAUUCAUUCUGUCGGCGGUCACUCCGCCGCGAGAGUACGCUGAGAUGGUCGCUCAACAAUUUAUCACCACACUCAGGCAGUCAUCCUCAUAUAAGAUCAAACUCACUGGCUUGCCGCUUUUGGCUCUUUUCUAUUACCGCAAUUUGAUGAGCGUGUCCGAAGCAUGUACAACGAAGAUCAUGGACGUCAUCAUUACGUGUCUUGCCGACGAAAACAUCGAGGUGCGAGAGGUUGCGAAAAAGUUACUAUCAGGACUCCUGCGGUGCACACAACGGAGGCAAAUACUACCGCUGAGGAACCGAUUCGUCGCUGUCGUGCGGGGUACCAAGUUGCCAAAGCGGCAAGAUCCUGGAUACGGCGAUGCCCUGCGCACUCUUCAUUCGGCAAUUCUCGGCCUAUGUGCCCUCAUAGAGAGCUUCCCCUACAGCAUUGAACCCUGGAUGCCACCCCUGACAGAAGGUGAGGAAGUCUGGUGUUGCCGACGUUUGGGAACGAGCACUGACAUUGUCUCUGACUUCAAAGUACUGGCACCGCAUGCGUCCGACCCUCCGCCGAUAUCGACAGCGAUCCGAAAAACUGCCUCCGAAUUCAAGAAGACGCAUCAGGAUACAUGGCACGUAGACCAGCAUGCGUUUAACGAAGACCAGUUACAAGAUUUAUCGAGCAUGCUGGUUGGAACUUCAUAUUACGCAUAACCUAUCCAGAGGCUAGGUGUAUUAGGGCCAGAGUAGGUCCGCCAGCAAGAAAUGGAGUGGUGAUAUACAAUACUUGUAGAGUAAGGGAGAAAUAAUUAGAUCAAGAGGUACACGACAGUGAUACUCGAGGAUGUGUAUCAUUGAUUAACAGACGGUCAGUGGAGAUCGAUUAGCAAGAGUUUGAUUGGGAGUGGUUGCCGACUAGUGAAAAUCAGUCCUCGUCAAUGUAGUAAAGUAGUUGUGCUUCACCAAUAUGACAGUCCUCG